AGAUACUUUUGUGAUUAUUGCGACACCUUCUUGACUCACGAUUCGCCAUCGGUUAGGAAAACGCAUAAUAGUGGUCGAAAGCAUAAAGAUAAUGUUCGCUUGUAUUAUCAACAGUGGUACGACGAAAAUAUAAGAGACCAAGUUGCGCAAGGUAUACAAUCUCCUGCUUUUCAACAA